GUUAUGCGCUUGCACGUUCUCGGACCCCACAAAAGUAAUAUAAAUUACAGGUGUGAAACAAAAACCCUAAAACUACCCGAUCGUCAUCGUCAUUUUGAAAGCAUUGUCAUCUUAUCAAUACUUAUCCAGUCCCCAUAGUAUUAUUGUAGAAGAUAUCUCAACCAUGUGCUUAUCUUAGCGCAACCCCCGCCAUUUCGCUACCCCACGCGAUACCGUACCGUGUCAUUGCAGCGUUGAAGCGCCGGCCGACUCGCCGGUAUUACCGACUCCGAACAUUCCUAGUCUCGAUCAAAUCAAUAUAUAUAAUAUUCUCUCUAUCUCUAUAAAUAUCUGUGUGUGUGUAUAUAUAUACAUAUACAGAGCAGAGGAGGCAAAGAUUACAGAGAUGAGAAUGGCUGUGGAUUACUACUACAACGUGUUGAAAGUGAAUCGCAAUGCGAGCGAAGAGGACUUGAAGAGAGCAUACAAGGGACUAGCAAUGAAGUGGCAUCCAGAUAAGAACAGUACCAACAAGAAAGAAGCGGAAGCAAAGUUCAAGGAAAUUUCAGAGGCCUACGAUGCGCUUAGUGAUCCUCAGAAGCGUCAGAUCUACGAUUUGUACGGCGAAGAAGCUUUGAAGUCCGGUCAAUUCUCUCCGACCUCGGCAAAUCGCGAUGCGGACGAUAUUUUUGCGGAUUUUUUUGGCGGAUCUGACGGAAUUUAUGGUGAUGGUAGGAGUUCAAGUUUCGGUGAUCGGAAAGUGAUGAAGGCCGCGGCUGUGGAAAUUAAGUUGCCGUGUAGCUUGGAGGAGCUUUACAAGGGUUCUAGGAGGAAAAUGAAGAUUUCAAGAAUUGUUCUUGAUGACUCUGGUAAGCCUAAGACUGUUGAGGAGAUCUUGGCAAUAUAUAUUAAACCUGGUUGGAAGAAGGGCACGAAAAUCACUUUUCCUGAGAAAGGCCACCAAGAACUUGGCAUUGCCCCUGGAGAUCUUAUUUUCAUGGUUGAUGAGAAGCCCCAUGCUGUAUUCAAGAGGGACGGAAAUGAUUUAGUCAUCGGUAAGAAAAUUUCCCUACUGGAGGCUCUAACAGGGAAGACCCUCAACCUGAUGACCUUGGAUGGAAGGGAUCUCAUAGUCCCUGUCACAGAUGUUGUCAAACCAGGACAUGAGAUGAUAAUUCCAAAUGAAGGAAUGCCCAUCUCAAAAGAACCUGGGAUGAAAGGAAAUUUGAGGAUCAAGUUUGAUGUCAAAUUUCCAUUGAGGCUUACGGCAGAAACUAAAUCUGAUUUGAAGAGGGUGCUGGGUGGGAGCUGCUGAUUAGUCCAGACUCCAGGGAUCAGCUCAAGGUUUGAAGAUCAUUGCUAACACUGACAUUGCAAGUGCAAAUGAGUGUAAAUAUGUAACGUUUUCACCAUUACGAAUGAAAAUUGUGCAUAGUAGGGUGGUAGUUUGAAGAGUAGGCAAGGUUUAGCGUUGUGUGGAACAUUGAAAACACAGAUAUUUUAGCUACUUCCUGGGGUUUCAUUAACCCUUGUCUUUGCUAUGAAAUUUGUAUAAUAGAAUCUAAUAAUGGUUAUUGGGUAUGAAGUAUAAGCUAGAUUUUGAGUUUCAUUAUUUAGAUGAUAGAAUGUCCUGUCAAAUGGUUUGCAGGUAUUUGUUUUCUAAACCAUAUGUGCGAGACGAUGUAAGUGGUCAUUCAGUUUAUA